CUCUGGAGCUCGUCUUUGCCACAGCAACAACCGCUCAGGUGCAGAAUAGGAUCCAAAUUUUGCAAGCAAGAUACUGGAGUACAUGCAACAUUUAUUAAUCAUUACAAGCAAUUUUUUUGUGUGAUGUCUCUCACAUGGGCUCAUUGUCUUUCACGUCGAAAUAUCCUCCGCCGCAUUCAUAUUACGACUCUUCUAAACAGGAAUUUGAUCCUCCAUGGCAUCGAAAGUGAAAGUUCUACUGCUUUACAGUCCAAUAAAGGAUCACUGCUUCGUGGUAAUUGCUUACCUGUGGGAAGCAGAUAUUUAGGUUUAGACAGUCGCACCUUUGUUUCACACUUCCAUCAUUCUAUUUUUGAGAAUAGAAGUUGGUUUUCUACAAUUCCGGCUCAGGAUGAUGUUAGUGAUGAUAUGAAAGACAUUGGUGCUGAUUUCAGCGGCACUGAGUUACCUGGGGAUAAGUUUGCAAGUGGAAUAUCAGUUGAAUUCAGCAAAGUAGAUGCUUAUUUGCUUCCAACGGUACUUCUUAUUGGCCGCCCCAAUGUUGGCAAGUCUGCAUUGUUUAAUCGUUUGAUUCGAAGGAGAGAGGCACUUGUGUACAACACUCCCAAUGAUCAUGUGACUAGGGAUAUACGAGAUGGGAUUGCCAAAUUGGGUGAUUUGCGAUUUAAGGUGUUGGAUUCAGCUGGCUUAGAGGCCGAGGCUUCAUCUGGUUCUGUUCUUGGAAGGACUGCAGAAAUGACGGCGAAUGUGUUGAGGAUGUCCAACUUUGCACUAUUUCUCAUAGAUGCACGAGAUGGAUUACAGCCCAUGGAUUUGGAUGUUGGAAAAUGGCUUCGCAAGCAUGCUCCUGGAAUGAAGAUCAUCACAGUAAUGAAUAAAGCUGAAGCGCUUGAUGAUGGUUUUGGUUCCCUUGCUGCUGCUGCUGGUGAAGCCCAUACGUUGGGAUUUGGAGAUCCUAUUGCUAUUUCCGCUGAGACUGGUUUGGGGAUGAAUGAUCUAUAUGAAGUUCUCAGGCCACUGCUUGAGGAACACAUGCUUCAGGUUGUAGAUGAAUCUGCAGAUGAAACUAAUGGAGAGUGUCAGUCUUGUGAGCAAGAGGACCCAAAACUACCACUGCAGCUAGCAUUUGUAGGACGGCCUAAUGUUGGGAAAUCAACCUUGUUGAAUGCAGUCCUGCAGGAAGAUCGUGUUUUGGUGGGUCCAGAGGCUGGUUUAACAAGAGAUUCUGUUAGAGUUGAGUUUGAAUACGAAGGAAGAAAGAUAUACAUGGUCGACACAGCAGGUUGGUUGCAGAGAACAAAGUCAGAGAAAGGACCAUCGUCCUUGAGCAUUAUGCAGUCGAGGAAAAACCUGAUGAGGGCUCAUGUGGUUGCUUUAGUCCUUGAUGGUGAACAGGUUUCACAAGCUAGGAAAAGCAUGACACAUGAUGAAGUAGUUAUAGCCAGACGAGCUGUAGAAGAAGGGCGGGGUUUGAUUAUGAUUGUGAAUAAGAUGGAUCUUCUUGAAGGAAAACUAUAUGAUCGGGUCAUCAAAGCUGUCCCUGAAGAAAUUCAAACGGUCAUCCCCCAGGUGACGGGGAUACCUGUUGUAUUUGUUUCAGCACUAGAAGGAAAAGGCAGAAUAGAGGUGAUGCAGCAGGUUGUCGAUACAUACAGAAAGUGGUGUUUGAGGUUAUCAACAGCUCGCCUUAACCGUUGGCUACGCAAGAUAAUGAGCAGACAUUCUUGGAAAGAUCUAGGGACUCAGCCAAAGGUCAAGUAUUUCACUCAGGUCAAAGCCCGUCCGCCCACUUUCGUUGCUUUCGUUAGCGGAAAAACGAGACUUUCCGACACGGACUUAAGGUUCUUAACGAGAUCUUUGAAGGAAGACUUCGAUAUGGGUGGGAUCCCCGUUCGUAUAUUGCAACGUACCGUACCAAAAAAAGAUGCAAAUAGCAGCAGUAGCAGUAGCAAGAGCAAGAGCAGAAAACAUACUGGGAAAGCAGGAGAAGCAUCUGAUAAGAGAAAGAUAACCACUGUGGAAACAACCUAAACAUGCAUUAAAUGAUUGUACCUUUUUAACCAAAUCUUGUACAUCAUCCGUAGAAUUAGAUCGUUUUUUUAACUGUAUAAUAUUUAUAUACGACAACUACUUACGUACAAAACAAUUUUGGUGAGAUUAAACCCUCGACCUUUAGAGAAGAAUUAGGAUUUACCCGUAACUCGAAUGCUGCUAGGUCAACAAUGUCCAUUCAGUACGAGCAUCUCCAACUUUUGGUGUUCCAGUUGAAGAUGCUCUAAAUAGAAACGAUGCUAGUUAGCCUACAUUAAGGAUGCUUGUAGGGGUGAUCGGUUACGGUCCCAGUUAAAAUUUUGAGUAAAACUGCGGUUU